UAUGAAAUAAAUGUGUUUUCCAGCUUUGGGCGUCACUCCCUGGAUGAGCCGUCCAUUCUUGUUCCUCUGCAGCAGUGUUGCAGGAUCCGUCGCUCCACCCUCCUCCGCUUGCGCCUCUUGUCCCUCCCUGGCUUCCGUCUGAGCGACGCCAUGCGGGAGUCGCUGCUCGGGGACCCUCUGGCGGCCGUGGCCCCCCUCCUCUCCGAACCUCACCUCUCCGCUUUGGACCGGCGCCUCGCAGCCGUCCUGCGGGUGGUGGAGGCCUGUCAGGAACGCCACGCGGAGGAGGUCGUUCACAACGAUGUGGAAGGGUACGAGCAACAGCCCGACUGAGGGACACAACAAAGCGACUGCACGACUGUCUCAUACAGGACUGCAGAAUGGGGUUAAGGUCAAAAGGUCGUCAUCAUUUCAUUCAUCAGAUCAUUUCAUUCUGCAGAAGUUUGCAAAGAUAUUCAUUUCAUUUUAUUUUAUAUAGCCCAAUAUUAAACAUUUGCUUGAGAGGGCGUCACAAUCUGGACAUAAAUGACAUUCCUGACCUCUGACCUCACAUCGGAUCAGGAAAAACUCCCAAGAAAUAUAAAGAACCCUUUCAUGGGGAAAAAAGGGGAAGAACCCUUCAGGAGAGCAACAGGAUGGACAGAAGAAUAGAUGUCAUGUGACCAGAAGGAAUCAUUACAGAGUUACAUGAACACAUUCAAUCAAUAUGAAUAUUGCACGCAAGUACUUCACAAGAAGAAUACGAGGAAACAGAAAAGUUUAACAGAAUAAACAUGUUUUUUUUGUCAUUCUCUUGUCCCCAUUCUACUGGUGAAGGAUAUGCUGGAAGAUAUGAUAUGAUGGAAAUGAGUGAGAUUAAAGCACAACGCCUGCAUGACUGAGUGUGACUCCUGUUGCAAUGUUUACAAAAAGAAACUCAAACGCGACAUCAUCUAUAAAACAGAAUCCAGGAAGGAUCCAGUGCGUUUGGACUCGGCCGCGCUCCUGCUGACAGUAACCGGAAGUGCGGUGUCCCGACAGAGAGGGACAAGAUGUGGUUUCACUUUCACAGAGAGGCGGACUAGGGCGCCAAAUGUGCUAGGGCCGCCCCUGAAGAGGCGGCACAACGUUCGAGAAACAGAGACGCGCCGGUUGGGAAGGACUCUCGCCGAAUAUGAAAUGUGAUACUUUGUGAUUUGUUGUUUUGUGCCAGAGACCUCGGGGGAAGUUGUUGGCGCUCACUUUCACCGGACAUUUGACUCAAAGGGACCCCUCCAUGGAGCCGAUGGAGUGGCUGAACGACGAGGAGCUGCUGCGGUUCUUCCGCCGCUGUAAAACCGAGAUGUCCUGCAUGGAGAAGCCGCACACGUUCCUCUGCCAGCUCCGGGACCACGAGCUGGUGCCGGAGGACCGAUACAAGAAGGUGAUUCGUAUGAAGAGUAAAGACAACAUACAGAAAGGUCUCUACGAGAUCCUGGACUGGUUGGAACGAGAACGUCCCAAGAGCGUCCGAGAGUUCUGGAGCUGCGUCUUCAAGGACACCAUCCUGAACCACUAUCCCACCCUGAAGCUGCUGCGCAACAGCCUCCUGGACGGGGAGAGGAAGGCACUUUCUGGAGGUGAGGAGGGAGAGGAGAAGCAGGAGAACUCCGUGAAGAUGAAGAAGAAGAGAAAACUGAGAAGUGGCGACGAUGACGAGGAGCCGGCCGGUCCAUCAUCUCAAUCGAUUCCCAGGAAGAAAAAGUCAAAAAAAAUAUGCUUCUCCUCUCCCCUGAAGAAGGGCGAGGAGAAGCCCAUCUGGAGCAGGCCCAUCUAUAAGCUGCAGCUGCCUGUGACCUGUGGGGACCAGGCGGGGACACUGCAUAGAAAGCUACUGGCUAAAGGGAAGAAGUGCAUUGUGGUCAAGAAACAGUGGUUCACUCCCAGUGAGUUUGAGAGUUCUGCGGGGAAGAAGAGUUCCAGGAACUGGAAGGCGAGCAUUCGCUGUCAGGGCACCCAGCUGGGGAAGCUGAUUCAGGAAGGUCACCUGAAAACAGGAACGUACAAAGGAGGGUGCAGAAAGGCCAAUAGGUCACUGUUCCCGUCUGGUCACGCAACUGCAGUGUCUGACGAAGAUGAAGAAGCAGGAGAAGAAGAAGAUGAAGAAGAAGAAGCAGAAGAAGAAAAAGAUGACGAAGGAGAAGAAGAAGAAGAUGAUGAAGAAGAAGCAGGAGAAGAAGAAGAAGAAGAGGGCCGUGAGCUGAACGAGGGCGACCGCAGCAGAGAAAGCUCCGCAGCUGUCGCAGGCGAGGCAGUGAAGAACCGGACCGAGCAGCCAGAAGUCGCCAGGAAGGUGUUCAGAGUCACGUGCCGCGGUGCAGCCGGGACUUUACACGCCAAGCGGUUCUCCUCAGGGACUUGUGGGAAGAGUAUUCGCACUGAGACCAGCUGGAUGACCCCGGUGGAGUUCCUGAAGGUGGCGUCGUGUCCGGCGGACGCCUCUUGGAAGAAAGAGAUCCGGUGUGAAGAGGAACCGCUCAGCGUCCUCAUCGAGGCAAACGACUUGACGAUCCACUCAGUGCUGUGCAACUGCAGUUGGUGCACACCAGAUGCCACCGAGCUGGAGAAUCAGAAGAACGAUGACGAGUGUGGCGUCUGUAGAAGGGAAGACGAAGACAAGUUGGUGAUGUGUGAUGACUGCCCUCGCUCCUUCCACCAGAAAUGUCACCUGCCCCAUGUGGAAGAUGUCAAUUUAGGAGACGACAGCCCGUGGAUGUGUACUUUCUGCAUAUUCGGGACCAAUCAGGGGUGUUAUUCCCAGGAGGAGCUGGAAAGAGAAGCAGCCGUGUCGCUCCCAAUAUCCCAACACAUGCUGGAAUGCCAGUAUCUCCUUCUGUAUCUGUGCACGGCUGAUGAGGAACAAACAUUCUCCGUGGACCCACGCCUCUACCUGAACGACUACUGCAGCGUGAUCAAGACCCCCAUGUGGCUGGGUCACAUAGCCCACCGACUCCAGAAGCCACGAAACCGGAUCGUUGGAGAGUUUGAGACCGACGUCCAGCUCAUUUUCUCCAACUGCGCUUUAUACAACCGGGACAAUGCUGAAAUCCUCGCCACGGGCAACAGACUGAAGGAGUUAUUUGACAGAGAAUUUAAGAGUGUGUUCAACAUCAAGGAGUAGGCUGGUGACAUUACAGGGUUUUUCCUGCAUAGAGAAAAUGUGGGCGCGCGCCUAAGCCGUUUUCCCGAGCGCCUAAGGCAAAAAAAAGUCUGCGAUGGGAAACAAACAAAAAAAAAUACAUAGAUGUCUGCUAAUUACGUUGACAUGGCAACACAGACCGUGUUUUUUUGGGAGCACCGAAGACCUAUUUUGACCCAGGAAAAACCCUGCAUUAACUGGGUUCAGUUAUCAAACUCAGUAGCGACCGGGAAAGGUUACAAAUCUGUAAAUAUGCCUGUGGUUUGUAUAGUUUUGACAAUCCUUUGUGUUUGAAAUAUCCCAAACUAAAUGAUUCCUAAUCAAGAGAAUGCAGGGAACUUUGACUUGAAUUAUGAGAGCACAUUUCAAUCUAUAAUUUGAUAAUGCAUUUUAAAAAAAGGCAUUCUUCCCGCUAUUUAUUUUCUUCAUAAAAGGCGCGGUACCAGAAAUAACUAAAGCUUACAUUCCACCCAACGUAUGUACGAUCACAAAGACCAAAGAGCUGACAGAGACAACAAAAAACAUCAUCUGAAUAUAUUAAUUUAAACAUUUUUUUUCCUGUAUAUCUUUUUAUUGCUGUGUUUUUGUAUGGUGCUACAUGUGAGGAGGGUUCUGCAAUGAAUACAUUGUACAAAUCUGUAUUAAACGUUGUGUUUGUCUUAAGCCUUUUGCAUCGUGUCCCAGUGUCACAGCACAGGACUAAAGGGAAGUCUCUCUGUCUCCAUCUCUGACCUGUUGCUUGUUUUAAAAUAAAAUAUGAAAUGUG